AUGGCCAUGGCUGAGGCAAUCCCUCCAGCGCCCACAAGAGCAUUGCCGCCACUUCCGAACGAAGCCUCGACCGGCCGACCCGACAGCUCCUUCGAAACAAGGCGAUCGAGCCGCUCCAGUACGGACAGUCGCACACAGUCUCUCAGACGAAAACCUCUACCCGGUGCCACGCCGUCUGGCAUCCCCUCCUUCAGCAUCGAUGAACAUGAGGACACAACAGCGAGCGCUCGCGAAUCGAUGCAGUCUGGCUCGUCGAUGGUGCCCAGCUCCACCAGCCACGCGCCGACACCCUCGAGGGAAACACCAGACAUGGCAGCAGGAGGCGUCGAACCUAUAACGCGGGAGAUUCCUAUUCGCCAACUGAACAUUAGCGACAACUCGUACAAUGCAAGAUACUCGUCUGUGGCAGAAAUGGACGUUGCAAACAUACCAGAGGAAGACGACCCCUCCAGGUAUACUCCCGAUCCUUCGUAUACCCACGAUUCGCAGCCUAGGCCCCAGAUACCACCUCCACGUCAAUCGUCUAUGCCGCGUGGUGCCGUGUACUCUCCAGAUGCCGGAUCGCGGCACUCUUCGCAGAGCGACAAUAGCGGGGGACAGAACACCUUCAACUUCGGUUUUGAAGCCAACUCACCUCUGCAGGUUCCUCUCACAUCACUCCAGCGUCCCAGUUCUGCGUACACACUUGGCACUGAGCUCAAUGCUCAGAGUCGAGGUUCACCACGCUUGUCGGUGGGAGGGGGUUCGGCGUCCCCUACUUCCAACGGUCCCCCCAACUACGCUAGGCAACUGUCCGCCAGUCGCAGAUCUCCCGAUAACAGACCUGUGUCGUAUGUCGACCUUUUGAAUCUUCCGUACAACCAGCAAAUUGCUCCUGCUGCGAACAUAGGAAAUGCUCAGCUUCGUGGUGCUGUGGGUGCGAAUGCAUCGCUGCUGGAUUCGAAGAAGACGCUUGACAUGUACAGAGCGAACGUAAAGAAGACGCAAGAUAGCGCAGUGCAGUACGAGUUUGCCUUGUUUAUGGUUCAGGUCGCACGUGAAAUCAUGGCAGCGGACCCCUCCGUGGAUGACCAGGGGUUGUUACCCUCGGAGCUGCUUCGGGAGGCACGGCAGAUCCUCCAGAAACUUGCAGAUCGCAGCUAUCCGUUUGCGCAAUAUUUUCUUGCAGAUGGCUAUGCGUCCGGUUUAUUCAACAAGGACAAACCCGAUUAUGACCGCGCCUUCCCUCUUUUCGUGGCUGCGAGCAAGCACGGGCAUGCGGAGUCGGGGUACCGCACAGCGCUUUGCUACGAGUUCGGGUGGGGGUGCCGGAAGGAUUACGCCAAAGCUGCACAAUUCUAUCGUGGUGCAGCUUCCAAAAACCAUCCUGGUGCUGCCGCUCGCCUGGGGAAGGCGUGCCUCACGGGCGACAUGGGUCUGGUGAAUAAAUACCGGGAGGGUGUCAAGUGGCUUAAACGAGCAACCGAAUCAGCCGACCAUCAGUACAACAACGCUCCCUACGAAUUGGGCCUGUUACACGAGACGGGUUAUGGUGAAGAUAUUUUCAAGGAUGAGGUUUAUGCAAUUCAGCUAUUCACUCAGGCCGCAGAGCUUGGGCAUGCACAAGCUGCGCUGAAGUUGGGCGAAUGCUACGAACAUGGUCAGCUUCGCUGCCCCAAGGAUGCCGCACUUUCGGUGCACUACUACAACUGCGCUGCGCAAGCCGACAUUCCCGAAGCGAUGAUGAACCUAUGCGCGUGGUAUAUGGUGGGCGCUGAACCAGUGCUAGAAAAGGACGAAAACGAGGCAUACGAGUGGGCCAAACGAGCGGCAGAGCAUGGCCUUCCCAAAGCCGAAUACGCCUGCGGCUACUUCACGGAAAUGGGCAUUGGGUGCCGCCGCGACCCCCUCGAAGCAAACGUGUGGUACGUCAAAGCAGCCGAUCACGGCGACGAACGAGCCAAACAGCGACUUGCAAUCAUUCAAGCCGCAGCCUCCGGGCAAUCGCAUGUCCCAGCCAACGACAAAAACAGCAAACUCAAAAAGGGAGGCAAAGACGACAAGGACUGCUUGGUUAUGUGA